AUGCUCUCCUGGGGUAAUGACCAGCUUCUUCUCUGGCUAAAAAAUGCCGAGUACUCGAACGAUGUCGUUGAUGCCUUUAGAUCUCACAAUAUUACAGGACUUACUCUACCGUUUCUAAACACUGAAGAAUUGAAGGAAAUGGGUAUAGAAAACUUACAACUACGCCUCAGGUUGAUGAAAGAUAUCUGUUCGUUACUUAUGGAGAAAAACAUGAAUUUUAUAGGAAGUAACAUGCAUCCCAUCAUGAUACAGUUACAAUCCACGAUGAUGGCUACGACUUUAAUCAAUACUAUUUCACAGGAUAUUCGAGAUGAUGUUAUUACAAAUUCGGAAAGCAGUAAUAAGUCGUUGCUGCAUCAGUUUGGAAAACUUCGGGAGGAUCUUUUGCCAAUUCUUAAGGAACUCAAGGACAAGAAGCCUCUUCCUACUCCUGAUCUGAAUAGUACUCAAAGGAGCCAGUAUUUUUCUGGCUCACCUUCAAAAUCGGCUCAAUUGAGCAGAGUGUCGUCAAAAAGAGACUCGUCAAUAUCCGAGCGUAUGAGUGUAAUGUCUGCGUCUUCUAGAAACUCUUCUAUGGAUCUUAUGAGCAGCCAUCGUAACAGUGGAGAGUCGACUUUGGAACAGGAAACUUUGUCAUCCUUCCCGUCCAUGUUCUCGUCGGCAGAGAUUGUGACAGCCACUGCAGCACGGAAGUUGGACGCCCGGCCUAUACUUGUGCAACCAGAAGGCGAUAAUGCUAUGAAGCAGACCGUAGAAACCAUAUCAAAGCCGGUGGCAAGUAUAUCAGAGAUACCGACAAGCGGAACAGUAUCCAAUGCAGCUUCCAUACUACCCGGCUCAGUGCCUACAAACUCACCGGAAGCUCAACCACCUCCAAAUUCAUUGACUCCACAAGCACAUCACCAUUCUAAGCAUAGAACACAGUCUUCCAACGAACCACUAAAGCAGCUUCGUGCCAGGACAGAAGACAAGUGUUAUAAAAUUCUUCAAGCCGCUAUGAAAAGCCACGGAUUGGACAUCUCAGAAUGGAAAAACUACGCCUUAGUCAUUGUUUAUGGAGGAGAUCAGGAAAGAGUGCUAAGUUACGACGAGAAACCUGUCGUGGUAUUUAAGGAACUAAGCGAAUUGGGACUGAAUCCUUCAAUGAUGCUCAGGCAGGUUGACGAAGAGGACAGACUUGAUUACCAGGAGUUUGAUACUCCUGGGGGACGAUUAUAA